AUGUCCUCUGGGGUGCCCAUUGGUCUUUCCAAUGUGGGUUUCGUUCCUCUAUAUGGAGACAACAUGAGACAGAAAGUCCUCGCCCUAUUCUCCCAACAGGACCAGUUUACAGCGGUGGGGCUGUACCUGUUGGAUCAAUGGUGGUCACUGGAGAAUAUCUUAAAAACAGCAGACUCUGCCAAAGAUGGAGCUGUGGCGGUGGAGACCAUAGGGGAGCGGGUAGUUCUGUACGUUUUGAACCGUGUGGUGUACAGAGCCAAGGAGAUUAGUUCAGGCGAACUACCUUUCCUCUGCCACGGAGAGAACGACUACGCCAAGAUCCUUUGGAAAGAUGGACAGGCUGUCGGCUUCUACUCAGUCAAACCUUCAGGCAGCUUGUGCAGUUCCUUCUUAACCCAAUGUUAUCACAUUCCUGUCAUGGAUUCCAUAUUCGUCAGGAAGUGUCACCGUGGCAACGGUCUGGGUCUUCAGAUGCUGGAGAACUUUGUUGACAGUUUCAAAGAGGAAUACCUUGGGUUGAGAUACCCCCUUUCAAAAGCUAUGUACAAAGUGUGUGGGAAGUAUCUGAGCCUGUACCCAGCCCACAGAGACCUACUGUGGGAAGUGGAGAGUGUUGGAGGACCCAGCCAGAGGACCAACAUAGCCAACAAGAUCCAGGCCAUGGCCAUGAGCACCUCAUCCAAGAACCUGUCUUUUACGGAGCACUCUGUAGUGAACCGUGACGUGGUUGAAAACGAGGUGGUUAUGGAGGAAGUGACUUCACACUUACAGGAACAGGAAGCCAUGGAGUACACCGUUGAAAUUGUGGAGGAAGUUACACUGGUCAGGGUGACAAAAGGCAAAGAAUGA